AUGGGCUUCAGUUUUGUGGAGUGCGCAUCAGCAAGGGGCACUGACCCUUUUGUCCUGUCCUACACCACUCCAGGAGCAGUUGACAUCAAGGACAAACUGGAUCUUCGGUUUGAAGUUGGCGACGUACACUACAUGUGGAAUGCAUUAAAAGAUGAGGUGGAGAAUGUGUCAGAGCUCAUAAGCCAAGUAUAUCAGAUUCUACAAAAACAAAUAAUGCAUACGAUACAGUAUGACAUAUCUUUCUUGGACAUCUUCAAAAUCACACUGCUAAAAGCGGAGGUCAAAAGCAACGGUAUUGUUAAAAUGAAAUCACCUGAAGUGGUGAAUUCUGUUUUUAAUGUGUUGAAUGAGAUCAUUUGCAAUGAGACUCCGUUAGAGAGCUGAUUUCAUGUGUGGCAUUCCAUCACUAAAGGGUCCUAAUGGUUCUUGCAAUACAUUUAUGUUUGAAUUUCAGACGGAGGACCCUGCUGUAAUGGAAAAACAUAUAUGAUGUGUUGAUCAUGUUGGUUAGUUUUGUAUGUGAUUGCUCUCAACCGAAAAUGUAAGCUAAAAGUCAUGUCUUAAUUUUUGUAUUUUUGUGGUUGUACUUUGUCAGUAGAGUUGACAUGUGCAUAGAUUUCCUGUGUGAAUGUUUUUGUCUAUACAAUUAAUUAUUAAAUUUAUUAAUAAUUAUUGAGAGUGGGCAUUAGUGGUUGUAAACAAACACUGAGUCUGAGUUCCUCCUUGUGUGUAAAACUGUACAAGGUCAAUCCGAGGCAAGAGUAACAUAAGUCCCGAUUUUAUGGCAUGUUCCAUUUAUUCACGAUGCAGGUUCAAGUGAAAAUUAUCUCUAAAUAAGUGUUACUUUCCCGAUAUAUGCAUAUGCAUAGAUCCUUUCAUUUGCAGCUGUAGUUCAAAUAAACACUCAAUGAAGUCGUGACUCGUGUUACUUUGACGUGGAUUCACCCACAAGUUGAUUUACUUACCUGACUUGAAUGGAAUGAAGAUAUCUUUCAUUGUACAACUGCCACCUUUAUUAUAUACAUAUAUACAAUCACUAGAAAUAUACGCUAUUCUAUUGGAUAAUAAUUAGAUACACACCAAAUAUAUCUUCAUUCCAUCUGUGUCAGCUCUCGUGAAUCAAAUUAUUUGCCAGUGAUCUAUUCUAAAAUUUCAAUUUUAUAACCUAUUCAUUUCGUAGGCUUUUUAUGACUAGUAUGUAUAUCUAAUCAUGACUGAAUGUAAAUGUGUAGAAUUAAAAUUAAACAAUAAAUAAACCAA